GUUCGUGACGUAUGUAGUAAAUAGGGCGCAUCGGUGCCUCGAUACAUCUCGCACGUGGCAUUUGUCAAUAAAGAACCGGGCAUAAUAUUCUCGCAAUGGUAUAUGGAUGUCAAACGUGUCGAUACCUCGAUACUUUCGCCUCGGAUUACCUCGGAUUCACGUUUCACGCGUCGCGAUUGUUCGCAAUGUAAAGGAUUCCGCACGUCGGUGGCGGCGUAAAAUUACCGGUUUAAAAAUCAAGUCUUAAACAUGACUGUCGUCGGCACGCAGACCGACAGCGAUAAGAGAUUGGUGAAUUUUCAAAAUUACGAGGAAUAUUUGGACUCGCUGGUGACGCCUGCGGACGUCUGCUACCUGAGAAGCACCAAGACCGCGCGCCAAUUGGCCGAGCUCGGUUACCGCUGCACGGGCGAGACGCUAAGCGAGGAGAGCUUUUAUCGUCGCCUGCGAAUCGUGAGAGAUCUGCUGUUUCCCGUUCACCGGCCUUACGAGCUCACAUCGGAAUUCGUGUCGCCCGCCGGUAGGUUAAUGGAGGAGCUCGCCCUGCGCGAGCGAGCCAACCGAUUAAGGAUUCUGUCGACAAUCGUAUUCGUUCGCCGCUUCGUAACGAGGCUACAAUUCGAGGAAUCGGCCUACAUCGAUUUCUGCGAUCGGCUCGAGUCGGAGGAUUGGCUGCCGUAUUACCGAGGGGAAAGAAGAUUGUCGCCGCUCAAGCGAGAUCUCGCGUACCAUCACUGGAGAAUGGGGAGGACGUGUUUCAACGACACCCGUAAUUACGUGUCGAUCGUGGACCCCAAGCGUGGCCUGUUGUUGAAAAAUAUUCAUGACAGACAGGUGAUAACGGUCGAUCCGGCCGCCGCGUCGCCCGGUGUGCAGACGACGCGAGUACGCGUACACUGUCCGUUUUACGAGCACGUAAUAUUGUACGACCAUGUGAUACGAAGUAAAAUUGUAUAUGAAAAUUAGAAAUGUCAAUAUCAAUUCAACAUUCAUAUUGACUAGAUUUGCAAAUUAUAAAAUCAAUCUUCAUGAUACGCGUCUUUUCUCGCCGCUCCUCCAAGGAAAGAAAAUGAUAGUAUAACGAACGAAGAUACUUUGAUAAACAUCAGUUAAAAUUAUAAUCUCAAACCAGUUAAAAAAAAAUUGAUAGACUAUCGAUUUAGCCGAUGGGCUAAAUUAGUUUCACAUCGAGAACGCUUGGCGAUAAAUACGCGAGUUCGUUGUAAGAGCGGGAUAUUUCGAGGAUCGUGACAAUUGGAUAUACGGUUUAAACAUAGGAACGUCCCGCCAGAAACGAGAGGUCUUACAUUUUCUAUUUAAUUCUAUUACAAGAAGUAGGAAAU